AUGAAUUUUAACGUCUGGAACAUCAAGGAGAUGUUGAACACGCCGACAGCCACCGGGCCUAAUAAGUUUUCCAUCCGGAGCAGCGCUCCUAGCGACCACUCAAGUUUGAGUGAUUCUCAGUUGCUCUUCGGCUCCCAGUUCUGGCCGGAGAAUGUGCAGUUGGCAGUGGCACCGCUGGAGCUGGGCACGCAGCUGGGACAGCACAACUCCCAGGACAGCGAGCCCAGUAUUUUUACCAAAUACCAGACAAAACCACAGUUAUUUGACGAAGAUGCAAAAGAAAAAGGUUCAUAUAAUUUUGGUGCAGGAAGGGUGAAAAAUGUCUUGGAAAAUUUUGAAUUGAAUAAGAACAAAAUAAAGGACAAGUAUGAUCGAGAAGUUUUAAGCACCUUUCUUUCAAGUAUCAAAGACAAGCUUCAAGGGAUGCAAGCAUGCUUGGACAAGUUUGGAGAAAUGUUUGAUUCAAGAAACCAAUCCAUUUUUGAGCACCUAGAAACCAUUUCCAAGACACUGCAAGAUGCUCUUCAAAGUCACUGUGGCUCGGUGCUGAAAGCUCUGGCAGAUAAAAGCCAAAUAGAGCAGACACUGCUGGAGAUGGAGCGGAGACUUGCAGCCAAAGAUGCGGAGAUUUUGGAUGUGAAAUCCAGCGUCCAGCUGCUGAAGGAGGGUCUGGAGACGCUGCCAGCUCAGCUGAGUGAUCAGCACCUGAAGCUGUGUGAAGAACUUGGCUUCCUGAAACUCCCUGACACCUUAGCUGAGCUGCGCAAGUUCCUUUCCAGUGCCAGACCCCCCCCUCACAUGGCAGACAACUCUUCCCAGACCUCCCCUGGCCCGUGCCGGCACUGUGCUCAGGGCAAGGAUGCACACCAGCCGUGCUGCCAGGGCAGGGGGCUCUGCAGCUCCUCGGCUCAGCCUCCAUCUCCCCUCAUGGCAGUGGGGGAGCAGCAAGGAGACUCCUCCACGAGGAAUCAUGUCACCGGGAGUGGUGUACCUGACGGUGACCCGAACACAGCUUCAGGAGGAAAAGUCAGCCCCACUGCUACAGCAGCAUGUGGCAGAGAAAACACCUCUGUGCAGGAGGUGAAAUACGGUUCGGAAAUACAGAGCAGUGCAAACCAUCUUUGCCUGUGCUGCGCUAGCAGUCACUUUUCCGGGGGCAGUCAGAAAAAACACUGUCCUGUACCACAGGAGCUGCCUCUACCAACUCCACUAAGGAAGGCAGUCAGGAGAGGCACUCGAGGAUUUGGAACCAUGACACCGUCACAACAGAGACAGCCUCAGCUUUGCCACCUUUCUGUACAGAAAGCAGCAUCUGGGCGAAUAGACGAUAACCUGUCCACAGACCUUGAGGUGGAGAACGCAGCUGUAGGGAGCAAAGCAAAACAGAAGCCAACAAGGAUCCCCUGGAAUAAAGCAAUGGGGAGGAAGAAAAUGUGCCCUGCUAUGAGAAAAGGUGAGCUCUCUCGAUGUGCUGAUGGUGGGCUGAGGCAAAGGAAGGCAAAUGGGAUUAUUGAGUCGGAAAGCUCCAGAAAAAAAUCCUUUCCCAGAUACAUGGUUGCCCUCAAUUUAGGAAGCUCUAAUGUGGUUUUUCCAGCUCCCAGUCAGCAGCUCCUCAGCAGCACUCAGCCGAGGCGCACAAAGAAUUUCCCACCAGUGCCUUGUUCCAACAAAAGCCUGCAACAACUUGCAGACAGAAAGAAGAGAAGUUUGGAAAUUAAAAAAAGAGCGAAUGUUUCCAGUGCAAAAAAUAAUUUCUGGGAUUCUUCUCCCCAGGAGAAUGUACUUUCCCUGACCAGCUCAGUAGGUGAAGAUCAGUUGAGCUGCUUCAGUCUCCGAAGCCCUGCAAGCUUUAAGAAACCACAUCCUGGCAAUACCCUGGCUCAGCAGAAUAUGGCCUGUUGCUCUUUAGUUUUUGAUAGUGAUUAUUCCGACUGAGGGGGUUUGUUUCAUGUUCGGAAUCCUCAGUGCAGUCUUGGCCACCUUGGUUGCAAUUUACUCCUUUAGAUGUGUUACCUGCUCAGUCAGAGACAAGGCUCAUGCCUGGAUGUUUGAAAGUCUUUUUGCCCAGAUUGAUCAAUUGUAAAGACAGUGUUGGAUCUGAGGGGAAGCCCUCCCAUAGCUUGGGAAACCGAUGGGAUCUGUAUUACUUUACCUCCCUGCACCCAGCAGAGAUGCCGCAGGCUCCAAUUACCAUUGUAUUUCCACAGCAGAGAAGUACCUGUGGAAUCUGCCAAGACUCUCACUGGGGAGGAGAGGGCUGGCAGAGCACAGACGCGCAGCUCUAUCAGAUUUAGCAAUAAGAUCUACUUUUCAAUGUGAUAGAUGUAACAGAAUCUGUGGCCACAGGCUUUACUCUGUUUCUCACUUGUAGUCUCUAUGUUGGUUUACAUGUCUAGAAGUUCAGAUUUUCAGCUCCCUAGGCAGUAGGAACAUCGUUCUGGUCGAUUUUUAUAAGUUUCAGGUUUGUCCCAGGAGUUGUGAGAUUUGGACAGGGUCAGGUUUAGCUAAGUAAAGCCAAAUCCCAGAAUCUCAGAUUCACCAGCUAUUGCAUUUCUUCUCCUUUUAGGCUGAAAUUUUUUGGUUUCAGAAAAUUUGGGAAAUGAUUCGGUUCCUAUCUUAUUUGCCUCACAUAUCUCUUAACUAAUCAGGGAAUUCUCCAACACUCACUUUCAGUUUUUGAUCUGACACAUUACCACCAAAAGAAGCAUUUUGGUGUUGAUGAAACAAGUCUAUUGCCACAAAUCCAACUGGUCCGAGUUGCUCAUCCCAAGGGAGGAGACUGGGAUCCCUAUUUCCUGGCUUUAAUAAACUCAUUGUGUCUUCACAAAAGUCCAGCGUCUUUGCAUUGUUUUUUCAGGAGAAGCAAGAUCCUGUUUCAGCUGUUUAACUCCCCUGGAUCGUGGAACUGGGAAGAUUCAAAUUUUUUAAGCUCCUCUCUGAUGUUUGAAGAAGGAAACCUCUGCCCUGGCAGUUCAGCAUUGCUUCGGUGAUGCUAAUUAGCAAGGAGAAGGUGUGGGGAAACCCCAGAGCCUUGGGACCCCCAGCUCAGCGAAGGCACUGGGUGAUGGCAGCCGUUCAUUUUGCAUAGCCGCUUGCACUCGCCUCCCCAGCACGGCCUUUCCUGGGCAAAACCUUCUCCUCAGGGCUCCCCAUCUCUGCGGUCCAGGGUCCACAGGGACAAGAACAGGGCCCUUGUGCAGCCCUGAGCCUGAACACUCGCCUGGCUGUGCUCAGCCAGCUCGGCGGCACAUGGCUGAGCUUGGAGGGACCUCUGGAGGUGUUUGCAAGCCCCUGUGCCGAGCCAGAGCAGGCCCUGGCUUUCCUGCACCCCAAGGAAGGAACACUCGUGCCAUGGGGAGCAAUGCAGGGCUGCCCCAGGGACCCCGCAGCCCAAACAUGACAGCACACAGUGAAGUCCCAAACAAAAUACCCAGACCAAGGGGGUGUAAAGGCAACAGCAGCCAGCGAUGCUUCCCCCACGCCUACCACCUCCUCAGGAGAGCAGUGCAAACCCCAAGGUGCCACCCCAGCCCCUGCAGCCUUGCCCCAUGUCUGCUCCUGCUCAGGGUCUCCCCCAGGGCUUCUGCUGCCAGCAAGAAAAUUUGUCCCAAUAUGGCCAUGAUGAUGGCAACUCCUCUCCCAGCCUUGUCUGACAAAAAUGGAAGUGUGCAAGCUGCCGGCCCUGCUGUGGGGCCUAAGGCUGGCAUCCAGAGCUGGGAGCCACCACACUCUUGGGGGACACAGCAGCCUUCCCACAGGCACUACAUUUGCACCCCAGGGGAGCGGGUCCCGCCCCCAUCCCGUACGCCCAGCUUACACGGCUCUGAGCUCACUGUCUGGGGCUCCUUGCUGGAGCUCCUUGCGGUACCCUGUGCAUGUGUUUUCUCCAGGCCUUUGCCACCACGGGGCUGUUGGGGAUUUGUGGGUCUUGCCCUGCCUUUCACCAAAGCUCCCUGGGGAAGAUGACGGGGAUGCUCCCCCGAGCAGCACAGCCAUGAGGGACCAUGGAGGGCACAGGAUGGUAUCAUAAAACGUGCACAGUAGUCAUGAAGGAGCAAAACUGGGCUCCGAGCUGUUCAUGGGCGUGUAAUUGGGGCAGUUUUCUCCUAAACUGGGGUUUUGUCCUGCUUCCCUGGGGAGACCCUAGGAGAAGGCAGAGGGCAGUGGCCAAAAGCCAGUGAAACCCAGGCUGCUGUGGGCACAGGGGUGUGAAAAAGCAGGUCACAUCCUUGCCCAGAGUCCCCAGCUGCGCAGGCAGCCACCGUGGUGGCACGGAGCGGGACUUGGAGCAGGACUCUCAUCUUUUCAUCUGCCGGUGAGUCACUCGGCAGAGGAGGAAACCGCUGACGGCACUGGGGAUGCGGAGGUGGCUGCUGCACCCGUGCCUCGUGCUCAAGGCACCCCAACGACUGCGGUGCACGGGGCUGCCUCCCCACAGCCCACCGCACGCCCGGCACCGCGGCUGCCCCGUCUCCAGGGUGAGACCAGCGGAGAUGCCUGGCGCUGGCAGUGCCCGGUGCGGUGCAGGCUCGCCAGCUGACUUCCCGGCCUGUGCCGCUGCCUGGCGCUCCCUCCACAUGGCCUCCCCAGUGCUAAUCCCCAGAUUAGCUGCCUGCCCUGCAUGCUUUGUGGGGGUCAGCACACCGGCACUGCCCAAAUUCCAUGGCCCCUGCGCUCUCCCGCAGGCCCUGGCCCGGCUGCCCAUGCCCAGCCCAGCAGCAUGCCCGUGUGCCCGCGGUGAGCCCAGCCCAGGGAUGGCAGGGAGCAGGACGGGGACACUGCUGCCAGCACAGUGCUGCCGUGGGGACCUGAGGUGCCACAUGUCCCCCUGGCCUGGGCAAGAGGAGAGCAACAGGGACAGGGGGUUGACAGAGCUGCAGAGGCUCAGGGUACAGCCUGAGGGAGCCGGGGUGCGGGCAGGGAGUCGGGGUGCAGGGAGCUGGGGUGCAGGCAGGGGGAUGGAGUGCAGGCAGGGAGCUGGGUGCAGGCAGGAGAUGGGGUGCAGGCAGAAAUCCAAGGUGCAGGCAGGAGAUGGGAUACAGGCAAGGAGUCAGGGUGCAGGCAGGGAGAUGGGGUGCAGGCAGGGAGA